AUGUCCACUGGGCCUCUGAGGAGAUCAAAGGAUCAAGGGAAUGCUGGCCAUGGUGGGAACUGUGGGGGCAAAGGCCUGGAGACUGCUCUGAACAGGAACACACAAGCUGUCCCUGCAACAAAUAUGGCCCAGAUGCAGACACUGGUCCUGUUUUCAACAUUACUGAUCCUCUGUGUCUCAGCAGCGAGCCCUGAAGUGUGGGUGCAAGUCCAGAUGGAGGCCACCAACCUCUCAUUCUUCUCAGUUCACUGUGGGGUUUUAGGAUGUAACCACAUCUCCCUGGUAACAGUGAGCUGGAAAGGAUUUGUUGAUGCUCGAGAGACCAAACUAGCUGUUUUACAUCCAGAAUUUGGCACCCAGCAGUGGGCUCCUGCCAGCCAGGCCCACUGGGAAACCCCAAUUAGCAUCUCUGUCACUCUGACCCUGGAACAAUCCAAAGCAAGAAGCUCCCUAGCCAACACUACAUUCUGCUGCGAGUUUGUUACCUUCCCUCAUGGUUCCAGGGUGGCCUGUAGAGACCUCCAUAGCUCAGAUCCAGGACUCUCUGCCCCGACUCCAGCCCCCAUUCUUCAAGCAGAUCUGGCAGGGAUCUUGGGAACCUCAGGGUUUUUCCUGUUUGGUUUCAUCUUUAUACUAUGUCUCCGGUGGUGGCAGAGGCAUUGGUGAGAAUGGGUCCAAUGUUCCAGUAAAUCUCAGCUGUCCCUCACCAGAACCCAGGCACAGAUGGAGACCCAAGAUUACUCAAGCUCUACUCAAUGAUUAGAUGCAGAUCUCUGCAUCAACUUCCAAGAGUUGCUGGGCAAAGCCCCUCUGAUGAGAUUUAUGCAAGGCUCCUUGUUAUGUUCUGUCCAACAAUUACCUAGCAACAGUCAGCUGGUCUGGAGGACACAGGGUCCAGAGGAUUCCUUCACUGUUGAACCUGGGAGCCAUGGCAAUGAUGGUUAUGGCCACAGCUGUGCUCACAACCCUGGUUUACGGAUGGAUGAUCCGCCUGUGGUGGAAGCAAAGGUUAGCAGAGGAAAGCCUAAUCCCCAGGCAGAUGAGCACCUGUCAUCCCAUGGGGGCGGCUGA